AUGGACUCCUUUGACUUCCCCCCGGACAUUAUCAACGGCUGGGACAAGCUUCCACCCUUCCCUUCCGACAUCGAAACGAUUGAGUUUGACACCAUCUCACUCAAAGCAUACUGCAGAAUAAUCCAUUCCUGCAAGACUGUUGGCUUCAUAAGGGUCGACCUGUCAGACACAAAAGAUGGUAUGGAAAUGCUAGCUGCUGCCAAUGAGAUGUUCAAACUCUCUCAAAGGACUUUCAAUCUUCCUGAUGAAGAACUUCUUGCAGAUGAUGUGUUCGGCAAUGGAGAGUCUCUGCUAGGGGACAACAACCAGCAGUACUACAUCGGCUGUGGUGAUCUCGAUGGCUUUGGGCGCUCCCAAGCCAAGUACAACGACGUUCUGCAUGCCGCCUUUCCGGAAAUGAGGAAUUUCUCUUCUCUCGGCAGGUUCCUCACAAACCAAUUGCUUGACAUUCUCUCCACCGAUUUGAACCUCAAACCUACAGAUCCGCAAUUUCUUCCUAAACUCCACAGCCAUAGUAACAAUUCUGGAACCCACGUUCGCCUGUUAAAAUGUCCUGCUUCAGCCGGAGAAAAUGCAAACCUUCAGGCCCACACUGAUUGGGGAUCGCUUACAGUUCUUUUCAACGCCAUAGGAGGCCUUCAGCUAUACAUUACAGACAACCUCAUUCCUGGACAGAAAUCAGGCUGGAAAUGGGUGAAGCCUGUGCCAAGGACCUGUCUUGUCAACCUCGGUGACGCUAUGGUCAAGUGGUCUGCUGGCGAGUACAAGAGCAAUAUACAUCGAGUUUCCACUCCGCCUGGCGAGCAGCAUCCCUUCGCCAGAUACAGUUUGGCAUACUUUGUACGCCCUAAUAAUGACGUCCAACUCCGACCCCUAGGUAAACACCAAGAAUCUUUCCCAACCUUUAAAGAAUGGGCACUUCGAAGAGCUAUGGCUGGCAAUGCUGAUACAUUCAAGGAAGGUGACUGGGAGAAAGGCCAGGGAACAGAAAGUAUUGUAAGCACAGCUGCUAGGGGAUAA